CAAAAAUUAGAACGGGAAAUGCGAUCCGCGGCAUUUUAUAGAUGAGUAUUUUCUAAAAAUUAUCACUUUUUUACGUAGUUUCAAGCAAGUUUAAUUUUUAAAACUGCGGUCUGCCGCUCGAUUGAUUUCGAUCAUGAAUUUUGCACCGGUAACGCCGAGAGCCUUUGUGGCAAUACAAAAUUUAAACAUUGCCGAGCUGGCACAGUGCAGCGCUGUCGAAAUCCGUCCUCUGUUGCCGUGUCUGGUACGAAUGAGUCUACUACCGCCACUGGAUGGGACAAAAAGUUGGAUGGAUAAUCGGAAACAGUUGCUCUCGAUACUGGCCGGAAUAGAGGUAGUAAAUAACAUCGUAUCACUGCUGCAGGUCAGCUUUCACGAGCUGGAGGUGGACGUAAAGAAGGAACAGCAGCUGAGGCAAAAGAUUGGAUAUACGGCUCAGGAUUCCGCCCAAUUUCAUAGCCUUCCGAAUGGGGUGGUAAUGGGUUUCGAAAGAGCCGACAUCGUCAGCAAAGUCCGAGUGGUUCUGUCGGAACUGUUCUACAUCCAGGCACAGGUCGUCGAACAGACGGCUCAGGUUGCGGCCCAAAAGUCUUCGAAUGAAGUUGUAAUCAAAAAGUCGGAGUUAUUUGACAACGAUAUUUACCUGGAAGAAAUUGCUGAUAUAAUUUGUAUAGCCCUGGCGGAGCUUCCAUCGCUUUUGAAUCUGCUUGAAGUGGUCGAUACGCUUCUGUACGUAAACAAUGGUAGCAGAAUAGUUUGCUGGGUGGUUGCCAAUAUGCCGGAUUGCUUCCGCGAGGUGGUGACGGCUCUAAUAACAAAUGGAGACGAAGAUACACCGGAUGGCAAGCUUCGGUUGGCUGCCCUCUACGAAUUGUGUGAAAUGAAUCCAAAUCAGGCUUUGACAACGAGAACGAUUUGCGUGGAACAAACGAAAAUGCCUUCUUUAAUGCUGAAGCUCAGUUUAAAGGAUCCGCAAAAUUUGGUUGCUUUUGUUUCUGGAUUAUUACUAGGAAACGAUCAAAACAUUCGACAAUUUUUUGCACUGUAUGUUCGAACCAGUCAAAAACGAAAAGGAGACGCAUUGCAUCUUUUACGUGACGAAUUACUGAAACAGUUGCAGAAUAUUAUAGUUUUUUCGCAUAAUUCUCAGUUGCCGGAGGAAUAUGUGGUGCAAUCAGCAGCCAUGUUGCGAUUGUAUUGUGCGCUUCGUGGUAUUUCCGGAAUCAAGUUUACCGAUGAAGAGAUAAUGUAUCUGAUGCAACUGAUCACUUCAAAGCCACCACCGACACCGGCUGGUAUUCGUUUUGUGUCACUUGGCCUAUGUAUGUUGAUAGCUUGUCCAUCGAUAAUUGCCCAUCAAGGAAUUGAAGCCAAGAUAAUCGAGUGGAUUCAGUGGUUGAUUAAGGAGGAAGCAUACUUUGAAAGUGUCAGUGAAGUUUCGGCAUCGUUCGGAGAAAUGUUGCUUCUGAUGGCAAUCCAUUUCCACAGCAAUCAGCUGAACCAUAUUUGCGAGCUGGCCUGCUCUACGCUAGGCAUGAAGUUUCCCCUUCGAUCAAACACGAUCACUCGUAUGAAGUACAUUUUUACCCAGGAAAUCUUCACGGAACAGGUUGUUGCUGCACAUGCAAUCAAAGUUCCGGUAACAGCAAAUCUAAAUGCGAACAUUCCCGGUUAUUUACCAGUGCACUGCAUCCAUCAGCUGCUAAAGUCGCGGGCCUUUUCCAAACACAAGGUGCCGAUCAAAAAUUGGAUUUAUAAGCAAAUCUGCACUUCAGUAACGCCCCUGCACCCUGUGCUUCCUGCUUUGAUUGAAGUGUAUGUGAACUCCAUAAUCAUGCCUAACCAGAAGGGUCCGAUCGAGCACACCCACAAGGCACUAUCCGAACAGGAGAUUCAGCAGAUUUUUCAGAAUACCGCAUUCGCUGCCAAGCAGCAGGAAUUUGCGAAGCAAAAAACUAACAGCAACAAUGAAAUGGAGCAAGCCGAAUCCAGCCAGGCGGAAGAAGCAGCGACACUAAGCAACACAAACUUGACCCCUCAGCUGCUGCUACUUUACUACUUGCUGCUGUACGAGGAUGUCCGACUGAGCAAUAUGGUCAAUAUCAUCACCAGUGGUCGUCAGGUGAAAAGUUAUUCGAACGAGUUUAUGUCGGAAUUGCCGAUAAAGUAUCUUCUACAGCAAGCGCAAAGGAAUCAACAGGAGUACAGUGUCCUUUUCAGUCCUCUACUACGCUUGCUGGUAACGCACUUUCCGCAUCUUUCGCUGGUGGACGAUUGGAUAGAUGAGGAAUGUAUUUCAGUUGAGCACACAUCGAAUGUGCCACUCAGCGAGCUCAACUUGCUCGAAGCCUUCGAAGAAAUCGAACUCAAUCCCGGAAAAACUAUCAAAUGGUUGAAGAUAAUGAUGAGAAAAGCCCCCACGGAUUUAUGGCCUUUGGCGGAGACUUUUAUACGCUAUUUCAAGGCGAUACUCAGUUGUACAGUUCCACGACAAAUCCAAGAACUGUACAAAAAUGUUUGGAUCCGGCUGAACACUGUCUUCCCUAGGCGUCUUUGGGUGAUGUCGAUCAAUGCCCUGAUGCCCGAGGAUGCCGUGACGAGAAAUUUCACACUCACGCAAGAGAACAUACUGAUUGAUCCUUUGCAAGUGCUACGUUGUGACGAACGUGUGUUUCGCUGUGCCAGUGCAUUGGCAAUCGUUUUGCGGAUUCUGCAGGCCAGUUUGGCAGCAUCGAAAAGUCAACUAACACGUCACAUGCUGGACAAACCGCUAAUCGACGUUGGAAACCAGGUCAAGUCGGAUACUGACCGUGAAGAGCUUAAGCUAGCUCUGGUUGCUUCUCAGGAAAGUGUGGCAGUGCAAAUUCUCCUCGAAGCGUGUCUCGAAACGGAAGACGAUCGUAUCAAACCGGGUCGCCAAUGGGCUCUUCGGGAGAUUCGGGGAGUUAUAUGCUCCUACAUCCAUCAAGUUUUCAUAGCAGAGCCAUCACUUGCUAAGCUUGUACACUUUCAAGGAUAUCCCCGUGAGUUGCUUCCGAUGACGGUUCGUGGCAUUCCGUCGAUGCAUAUUUGCCUGGACUUCGUACCGGAACUGCUUAGCAUGGUCGAAAUGGAUAAACAGAUCUUUGCUAUAGAUCUCACCUCUCACCUGUCUCUACAAUAUGCGCUUCCAAAAUCGCUCAGUAUUGCGAAGCUUUGCCUGAAUACAGUUACUACACUUUUGGGAGUGCUCUCCAGUGAUACGCGUAUUGAAAUGUUCCGAGCCGUGCUUCCGUGCAUUGUCCGAUUUUCCGAAGCUUUCCCACCCCUGUUGGACGAAUGUAUAAUGUUCUUGAUGCAACUUGGACGCAUCGCCGAGUCGCAAUCCGCGCUAGGUCGGUCGGUUUCGUUGCCUAACCUAUAUUUAGGUCCCGAGGCGAAGGUCCGUUCACACAGUAAACGUUCCCAAUAUGCCGAAAAGCUGGUCGAUGAAAUCAAAGAAACAUUCAGUAAACUAUUGGACGAUGCUGUCAUGAAUCCGAAAAUUUAUUGA